GUGUCCAGAUUUCCCUUUCCCGUGUAUCUCUUAGUUCUUUCUCUCCAUGCUAAGUCUUUUCACUCUCUUUCUCUCUCUCAAACUCAAACCCUUACUCGAUUCAAACACACCAUCAAAUUCAAUGUCGCUAUUUCUAAACACUACCAACGUUUUCUAACUGACGCCACUUGAGCGGCGCCACGUCAUCACCACCACCACUACUCCUAUAGCCACCGCAGCCACCACCGGAACAUGGUCUUCAAGGGGAGAUUCUUUUCCUCCAAGAAAUCCGAUUCCGAUGGCUCCUCCAACAGUCCCCGAUCCCUCCCCUCCAACUCCCCUUCCAGAUCCGACAAGAAGAAGUCCAAAUCCCUAACCCCUCCCGCCGCCGCCGCCGCACCCGUCGCGUGCCGGCAGACGCAGGUCAAGGACGCGACCACCAAGAAGAAGGACGCAGUUAAGGGGAAGGAAGGUCAGGCUCAGGCUCCACCUGGCGGCAAGGAUUCCGCGUCUUCAUUGAAGUCUAAGAAGUCUUUGACGGCGGCGGUGGCGGCAGCGGCUGCGGCGGAAGGAGGAGUCAAGGAUUCUACGUCGCCGUCGCCGUCGUCGUCGUCCUCGGUGUCGGUGUCGCCGAUCCUGGCUUCGUCGCUAGGGUUGAACAGAAUCAAGACGCGAUCGGGGCCGUUGCCGCAGGAGAGCUUCUUCGGGUUCAGGGGAGAUAAAGGACCGGCUGCGGCUCUCGGUGCUAGCAACCUUUCGAGGCGUGGAGGUGGCGGCGGCGACGGGAGUUCGGGUUCCGGCAGCGGCGGGAAGAAGAAAGAGGGCAGAGUAGGGUUUCAGGAGGGUUUCGCAGCGGGUUCUGGCACCGGUUGGAUUGAUAAUGGGAGCAAUUCAGAUAGUAUGUCCACCGGGAGUGGACCUUCUAGGGAGCAGAGCCCGAUUGUGUUGCCAAGGUCGCGGCUGCAGAACGGAGAAUCAUCCUCCGAUGCAGGGAGACAGACUUCGUCAUGGGCUCACACUGGAGGGGUAAGAGGCCCUGAUUGCACUCCUGAGACAGCAUAUGAUUACGAAAAUCCCAAGGAAUCUGAAUCUCCUCGCUUUCAAGCUAUCUUGCGGGUCACAAGUGCACCCCGAAAGAGGUUUCCCGCAGACAUCAAGAGUUUUUCUCAUGAGUUGAAUUCCAAAGGUGUCCGACCUUUUCCGUUUUGGAAGCCUCGAGGGUUAAAUAAUGUGGAGGAAGUAUUGGUUGUUAUAAAGGCAAAAUUUGAUAAGGCAAAGGAAGAAGUGAACUCUGAUCUGGCUAUUUUUGCAGCCGACCUGGUUGGAAUUCUUGAAAAAAAUGCAGAUACUCAUCCUGAGUGGCAGGAGACAAUUGAGGACUUGCUGAUUUUGGCUAGGAGCUGUGCUAUGUCUUCGGCUGGGGAGUUUUGGCUGAGGUGUGAAAGCAUAGUCCAGGAGUUGGAUGAUAGGCGUCAAGAGCUCCCUCCAGGGAUGCUAAAGCAGCUUCAUACUCGAAUGCUAUUUAUUCUUACUAGGUGUACUAGAUUAUUGCAGUUCCACAAGGAAAGUGGUUUGGCCGAGGAUGAACAUGUUUUCAAUCUCCGUCAAUCUAGAGUCUUGCAUUCUGCUGAAAAGGCUGUUCCCCCUGGUUUGGCAAGGGAUGUUAAAAGCUCUAGUGCUGCAAAAGCCUCAAAGUCCUCAACCAAAAAGGCAUAUAGUCAGGAACAAAGAACGUUGAAUUGGAAGAAAGGAGUCACACAAUCAGAAAACUUAUCUCUUCCUGCUGAUGAUGACCCUUCAAAACAUUUUGAGCCUCCUUCAGGGAGGGACCGGAUGGCUUCUUGCAAGAAAUUCCCGUCGCCAACAGGGAAAAGCCCAAAAGAAGCUGAUCAGUUGAAGGAGCAUGGUUAUGGAAAGGUUGAACCACCAAAAACUUCAAGUAGUAAGAGAUUCAGUUCCGAUGGUGAUCUUUCUUCUGCUAAGCUACCUGAGCUUCUUCCUGCCAAAGAUUCCCAGGAUCAUGCUUCCAAGCACCACCAUAAAGUUUCCUGGGGAUACUGGGGAGAUCAGCAGAAUAAUAGUGAGGAGAGCUCAAUUAUUUGUCGUAUAUGUGAGGAAGAAGUAGCUACUUCACAUGUUGAGGAUCAUUCAAGGAUUUGUUUAGUUGCUGAUCGAUGUGAUCAGAAGGGUCUGAGUGUUAAUGAACGUCUUGUUAGAAUUGCUGAAACACUAGAAAAGAUGGAGUCAUGUACACAAAAGGAUACCCAACAAAUAGUGGGAAGUCCAGAUGUUGCAAAAGUGUCAAAUUCAAGCAUGACUGAAGAAUCUGAUGUAGUUUCCCCUAAACUUAGUGAUUGGUCUCGCAGAGGAUCAGAGGAUAUGCUAGACUGUUUCCCCGAAGAUGAUAAUUCUGUGUUUAUGGAUGACCUAAAGGGUUUACCACUUAUGUCAUGUAAAACUCGUUUUGGUCCGAAGUCUGAGCAAGGUAUGACAACAUCAUCUGCAGGGAGCAUGACUCCUAGGUCUCCUUUAAUGACACCAAGGACAAGUCAGAUUGAAAUGCUCUUGGCAGGAAAGGGUGCUUACUCCGAACAUGAUGAUCUGCCACAGAUGAAUGAACUUGCUGAUAUAGCACGCUGUGUUGCAAACGCACCUCUGGAUGAUGAUCGCUCAACAUCAUAUUUAUUAUCUUGUCUUGAUGACUUACGAGUUGUUGUAGACCGGAGGAAAUUUGAUGCACUUACUGUGGAGACCUUUGGAACACGUAUCGAGAAGCUGAUACGUGAGAAGUAUUUGCAGCUUACUGAGAUGGUGGAUGUAGAAAAGAUAGAUAUGGAGAGCACUGUAAUGGAUGAUGAUGUCAUCUUGGAAGAUGAUGUGGUCCGUAGCUUGAGAACAAGCCCAAUCCAUUCUUCAAGGGACCGUACCUCUAUUGAUGACUUUGAGAUCAUAAAGCCUAUAAGUCGUGGGGCAUUUGGACGGGUUUUCCUGGCCAAAAAGAGAACAACUGGUGAUCUUUUUGCAAUUAAGGUUCUGAAGAAGGCUGACAUGAUUCGUAAGAAUGCUGUGGAAAGUAUAUUAGCAGAACGUGAUAUCUUAAUUACAGUUCGGAAUCCUUUUGUGGUUCGUUUCUUCUAUUCUUUCACAUGCCGUGAGAACUUGUAUCUUGUCAUGGAGUAUCUUAAUGGAGGUGACCUAUAUUCGUUAUUAAGGAAUUUAGGUUGCUUAGACGAGGAAGUUGCUCGCGUGUAUAUUGCUGAAGUGGUUCUCGCAUUAGAGUAUUUGCAUUCACUACGAGUGGUUCAUCGAGACUUGAAACCUGACAAUUUACUGAUCGCCCAUGAUGGUCACAUUAAGCUAACAGAUUUCGGGCUUUCCAAAGUCGGUCUCAUCAACAGCACGGAUGAUUUAUCUGGUCCAGCAGUGAGUGGGACAUCCUUGCUUGGGGAGGAUGAGCCUAACAUGUCUACAUCUGAACAUCAAAGGGAACUGAGGAAGAAAAGAUCUGCUGUAGGUACCCCUGAUUAUUUGGCGCCAGAGAUUCUUUUGGGAACUGGACAUGGGUAUACGGCUGAUUGGUGGUCUGUUGGGGUCAUUUUAUUCGAGUUGCUUGUUGGUCUUCCACCUUUUAAUGCAGAGCAUCCUCAGACUAUAUUUGAUAAUAUUCUUAAUCGUAAGAUACCUUGGCCUGCAGUUCCUGAAGAAAUGAGUCCUGAAGCUCAAGAUCUUAUUGAUCGAUUAUUGACUGAAGAUCCUAACCAAAGACUUGGAGCUAGAGGUGCAUCAGAGGUGAAAGAACAUGUUUUCUUUAAGGAUAUAAAUUGGGACACACUUGCUAGACAGAAGGCUGCGUUUGUUCCUGCCUCUGAGAGUGCUCUAGACACUAGUUACUUCACUUCUCGCUACUCAUGGAAUACUUCAGACGGUCUUGUAUAUCAUGCAAGUGAUGCUGAGGAUUCUAGUGAUGCUGAUAGCUUAAGUGGUAGCAGUAGUUGCUUGAGCAAUCGCCAAGAUGAAGUGGGAGACGAAUGUGGGGGUCUUGCUGAGUUUGAUUCCAGCUCAUCAGUCAACUACUCUUUUAGUAAUUUCUCUUUUAAGAAUCUCUCCCAGCUUGCAUCAAUCAACUAUGAUCUUCUCUCCAAGGGAUGGAAAGAUGAUCCACCAGCAAAUCCCGGAGCAUAGCUUUCUUUUCUUCUGUCGAAGUCCAGAUUUCGGUGUUUAGACAUCGUCCAAGCAAUUUUGGGUGCACAAGCACCUUUGUCAUCUGUACACAUUGUAAAUAAAUUCUAGAAGCUCAAACUGAUUCAGGAUGUACUCUCUGCUUAUUAGGUCACAGGAACUAACACUGGGUGGUUUUCAAUUUUUCGGUUUUGUUGUAUUGUAUGAAUUUGAGGACUGUAAAUGUUAAAAUGCAUACCAGUGUUGGUUGCUCACAUUGUUUCUUGUGGUGCUUUCAUUAAUAUAAUGCAGCACUGAGGGCACAUCCCUUUUUGUUCAGCUACUGUAAUAUUAUUUACUUGUAUAAUUGAGAUGUUGUGAAUUA